AUGGAGCAGCCACAGUUUCUCUGGGUGUUCCAGUGUCUCACCCUCCUCACCAUUGAAGAUAGGCAGGUCGAGAUGAGCAGGAGGAAUGUGCCUCAGAGGUAAAGAUGAGGAAUAUGCUCUUGAAAAGAGGGUGACUGCACCUGAAGGCACUGCUCACAAGAGGAAGGUGUAUGCUAAUGAGCAACUGAGGUUCUGCUUUUCUCACGCCUAAUUUCAAGAAGCAGCAGGAAGAAAUGCAGCCGUGGAUGGGGAGGGAAAGAAAGGUAAGUGUGAAAGUCAUCAGCACUGAGGAGAGGAGCGAAGUCACCCAGAGGCCAGGGCAGAGGGUGGAGGGAGAAGCAGCAGCUCACCAAAGCCAGAAACCAGCAGAAAAGGAGCUCAAAGAAUGGACGAAGACUUUAAAGCACAGGCGCUUGAAUCUACUCUUCCAAGUCCAUCAGAGACUUUGCUUUCCAUUCGACUGUUAGACUUUAAAACAAGUUUAUUGGAGGCUAUAGAAGAGCUGCGUAUAAGAAGGGAAACGGAAACUAAUUAUGAAGACCAAAUAAACAAAAUUGUUAUAGAGAAACAGGAACUUGAAUGGCAGAAGGAAACUCUGCAGCAUCAGACUGACACGCUGCAACAACAAAACAAAGAAGCUAUGGCAGCUUUUAAAAAACAGUUGCAGGCAAGGAUGUUUGCCAUGGAAGAAGAAAAGGGAAAAUACCAACUUGCUGUAGAAACGAAAGAAAAAGAAAUUGAUGGACUGAAAGAAACAUUAAAAGCCUUACAGAUUUCAAAAUACACUUUACAAAAGAAACUGAAUGAAAUGGAUCAAAAAUUGCAGAUGCACUUAACAGCAAAAGAGGAGCAUCAUAAGAAACUGAAUGAAGUUGAGAGGUGUUAUGCUACUAUUGCAUCUCGUUUUGGGAUUGUAAAAGGUGUUCAUGGCAAGCUAGAGCACAGUGUUCAGGAAGCCAUACAGCACAAUAAGAAACUAGCAUCAGUGAAUAAAAGACAAGAGACUGAAAUAAGUAAUCUGAAGGAAGAACUGAAGAAAGUAACUACAGACUUGAUAAGGUCCAAGGUCACCUCUCAGUACAGGGUGGGAGAAGAAAACAUCAAUCUUGCAGUGAAGGAAAAACAGUUUCAAGAACUGCAAGAGAAAAUCAGAAUGGAGACAGCAGUCAGUAAAAAAGUUCAAGAAGAAAACACUCACAUUAAAGAAGAAAAGCUGGAAAUUCUCAGCUCUCUACAGUGUGUGCAGGAGCUGCUUCAGCGAAUAACCCAAACGAAUGUUAGAAUGGAAAGUGAAUUAAAAGCACUGAAAGAAGACUAUCAGGCCCUUGAAAGAGAUAAUGAGCUGCAAAGGGAGAAGGCAAAGGAAAAUGAAGAAAAGUUCCUUAAGCUUCAGAAUGAGCACGAGAAGGCACUAAGAACUUGGAAAAAUGAUGAGGAAAACAUGAGAAGAGAGAUACACACUAUUAAAAAUGAGCUGAAUUCCCUUAAAGGACUUCAUAGACAUCUUGAAGAUUAUCCUCCUCUUCCAGGAAAUCAGCAUUCUGAGCCAGUGGGAAAUCUGCAGAUGCAGCCACCAGCUCAGCCCACACCAACAAAUGUGAGUGGUCAAGAACACUCAAAAGACAGUGAAAUACAGGCUAUUCAGAAAGCACAUGAGUUUAUGCAGUCUGUAAUGAGAAAAUAUGGUAAUUGUGGAAAUGAAGAAGAAACUGAAGUAAAAAACACAAGGGACCAGUCUUCAGGCAUUGAGGAAUUAAAGAUAGAACAAAGGCCACAAGUUCUUGAGAACAGUUUUAAGGAUGAAAUUAAUGUUGCUAGCCCUUGUGAAGUAAAGCAAAGGGAGGCUUCUCCCAGGAACACCCUCUGCACAGAUACUGAUUUAAUUACCCAAGGACACACCUGGGAAAUGCACGUCCCUGGAUGCAGAGAGGCAGAAGGAACAGCACACAGAACGUUACCAGAUGAAAACAAUGCAGAUUCAGAUCAAAAGCCACAGGACAGCACUGAGCCCUUGGCAGCACACCACACACAAACAAGGAAGGACUUUUUGGGCAGUGCUGAGACUGUAGGUGCUGACAGGAAAAACAGAAGUCAGGAGACUGACACCAGCAAGGAGGAACUGUGCAAUACUGCAGGUACAUCAACUUGUGCCAAGGCAGAUGCAAACUCAGACACCAAACAGCACAACAAAAGUGUCCUUACACCUGAAGCACCCAAACCUGAGUCUGAAGCUGUUCUUUGCACUGAGAAGAGUGCUCUGCAUGACAGAAGUACAGACACCCACCAAGCUAAGGAGUUAAGUGUUGGCAUCCUACCUUAUACUAAAGAGAAUUCUCAAGCAGAAUACCAAAAAUGCAGUUUGCUGAAUAGUGACAAUUCUGUAGGCAGUGGAUUACAUAAAGCAGAAAAAACCUUAAAUCUGAAUGGUUUACAUAGAGAUAAACUUCCUCUGGAACAGACACACGUGGAUGCUGAAGGCAGAAAUGAUGACAAUGCCAGAAACAUGAACAGCACUGGUGUUCUGGCAACUGAUGCUCAACAUCCACCAACUGUUUGUUGUGAUAACACAAGUGCUGAUGAUGCUGCUGCAAAAGAAUGCAGAUAUAAUAAGUCUCUCUUAGGUACUUUUAAUUUAUGCCCCCCAAAAACUGAGAGAGGAGUAAAUGCAGAGGACAUGCACAGCAAUCAACCUGAACAAAGCAGUGCUAAACAAACAGGGAAUGCUACAAACACACGGACUUCCACUGCUGAAGCCAAAUCUCCAGUAAAGGCUGAUGGUCUCGAAAUUGCUCACAAAAACCCUCCAGGAGAUAGGGCAUGUGCAGAUAAACUAAUUCCACAUAAAAAUGUUAACAAUGGUACUCAGAUACACUCCAUCAAAACAGGACAUUUUCUGGAGAUUAAUGCUUCAACAAAUAACACAUUGUUCAAAGCGAAAAAAGACUCGCUGAGUGGAACAGUUCCAGGAAUGAAGCUUGCUGAGGGUCACCUGAAAGAACCAUGCUCUUUACCCAUGAGAACAUCUGGAAAUUUAGUAAACCUAAGUGUAAGGUCAUCCUUUGAUCUUCCAACCUCAGAUAAAAAAGCUGAGAAAACUCCACUAUACUUGAAUUUUUUAGCUCUCAGUUCUUGUUCAAGAGUAAAUCAAAUGAGAGGUCAAGCUACGUGGACUUCAGCUUCCAAGGAGCCUUCCCUUUUGAAAGACAAACCACCAUGCUUACUGGAAAACACAAACAUUAUCUCAAACACACAGAGUCAAGAUCUCAGUGGAAAUGAGGACAGUGGAGAAACAGGACAAGGUUCUAGCAGUUCGAACAGAGCUGCCAACACUCUGAAUGCCUCCAGUAUCCACCGAGAGCCCCAGGGAGAGCCUAGUGAAGAAUGGAAUGCUACAGCAAAGGCUUUUUAUGAUUCUUCUUUUCCCACAGAACAUCUUAAAGAAGGAUUUGCUGCUUUACAGAACAAGCAGAAGUCUUCUCACAUGACUGUCACGCCAGCAAGAAGUGACAAAGCACUCAAAGAUGAGGACAGCUGCUCUCUUAGGAACUCCAUUGUACAAAACCAAAUAGGAGCAAUUGAGAAAUUCCUGAAUUUGGAGAGACUUCAUUCAGCAAGAAAGAGAAAAUACGAAGAAAGCCAGUGAAGACGAGCACCAGGAGAUAAAAGCAUGCUUUAGGCAUAGCCAGAUCACUUCCCUAACCCAGAUUUGUAGAGGUACCCCUACAGAAUAUGGUAUAUAAGUGCAGUUUCAUGUUUAUAUAGCAUGUUAACAGUUCUUAUGUUUCAAAAUGUAUACAAUUCCUACUUCUAAUGUUACUUCUGGUUCUGCAAUCAAAUUCAAGUUGUUACUGGCUUUGCCCAAAGUUAAAAAGUUCAUAAAGUAAUGUUUUUAUGUAUGUUUAGUAAAAUUAAAUAAUUACUUAACUGUACCCUUCUCCUGCUCCUCAGAAAUUCUGGCUGAACUAGUUCAAUUCAUUUUCUCUACAGACUGUUCACUCAGUUUUCAGGCAAAAUCACCUCCAGCUGUUUCAGGAUGCAAUGGGCUCUGCAAACAUUCACAACUACAUCCAGCAGUUCUAAGUGGCAGAAGAACAGAAAAAUCUUCUGCUCACCUUUACUGCCAAAUUAUUUAUCUAUCUGUUGUAGUUUCUGUAGCAGUGAGGUCUCUUUCAACACUGAACGAUCAGGUAUGAUUACAGAGAUAAGGCAGCAGAUCUGGUUUCAUGAAGCUUCACUUCUAUUGGGUCACAUUUCUUCUCCCUUGGGUCUAAGGGAAAUUUUCUCUUACUAUAAAAAUACUUGCACUAUCAUUUUUCUGACC